CGUAACGUUCACAUUGCUGUGUUCAACAGUGACUAAGCGCUUAAUUGGCAGAGUGGCGGCUGAAGCCAAUCCAAGGGCAAUACGGUGGCCGUUUAAAACAGGAUUUGGAGAUUCACAUCCUGUGAUUGCGUGCACUAGGACCUAGUGGUUGUAUUGUGGCCUGUGUCAUUUGCAAAUGACUUUCAAAGGCGAGAGAAAAUAAAGUGAGCGGAGCCUUGAAAAUUGCUGUUUGUCUGAGACAAUGACUGUCCUUGGAAGUUACUGUGAAGACAACGCAUCCUUGUCAGAAGUAUGGAUACAACAAGGACUUUUCCCAUGUUUUUAUUUCACCCUGGUUUCAACAGUACUCUUGAGCAUCGCUUUCCUCUUCGGCAGUUUGCUGUAUGUUUGUUACAAUAUGUAUGGCACUACAAUGGAGCCAAAGUAUGUACCACGCUCUCGCCUUUUCUUACUGCAAUUGCUCCUGUCGGUGGUCCUGUUGCUGCAGUUUGGAAUCUAUAUUCUUUGGCAAUCCUUUGGUUUAGGCACUGUGUAUGGAUACACUAUCGUCUACUCAUGCCUAUCUAUUAUUGGGUGGCUGUGUACCAUUGUUCUGCUGCACCUCGAACGCACAAAAGUGUUGAUGCGGGACAGGACACGUGGUCACAGUAGCGUUCUGCUACUCUUCUGGGCUCUGGCCUUUGCAGCUGAGAAUCUGACCUUCAUAUCGUGGAGAAGUCCAUUAUGGUGGUGGUCUCUGGACAAUACUAAUCACAAGGUACACUUUAGUUUGUGGAUGGUACGAUACAUCUGUACAUUUCUGCUCUUCGUCCUUGGACUGAAGGCACCAGGUUUGCCUCGAAGACCUUAUAUGCUCAUGAUUAAUGAGGAUGAACGAGAUGUUGAAUACAGCCAGCCUCUCUUGAAUCGGAAUGGCACGAGUCAAUCAACAUGGAAAGACUUCCGUAAAAAGGUGCAGUUGCUUGUGCCUUACAUGUGGCCAAAAGGGAAUAUAUUACUGCAGGUCCUGGUCCUGUUCUGCUUGGGUCUCCUUGCAACAGAACGAGUCAUUAAUGUGUUUGUGCCUAUCUACUACAGAAACAUUGUAAACGAACUGAGUGGAGGAGCCCCCUGGAAGACACUGGCAUUGACUGUCUGCAUAUAUGUAAUCCUCAAAUUCCUUCAGGGAGGUGGUGCAGGUGCUUCAGGUUUCAUAAGCAACAUGCGCUCCUUCUUAUGGAUCAGAGUCCAGCAAUAUACCAACCGUCAGGUACAGACUGGUCUCUUUGCUCACCUGCAUGCCCUUUCACUUCGCUGGCACCUGGGCAGGAAGACUGGGGAAGUCCUACGAAGUGUGGACCGUGGUACCAGCAGCAUCAACUCCUUGCUGAGCUACAUUGUUUUCAGCAUCUUACCGACAAUUGCAGACAUCAUCAUCGGCAUUGUUUACUUCACUACAAACUUCAACGCCUGGUUUGGUCUCAUUGUCUUUGUUUGCAUGGCUCUGUAUCUAACUGUAACUAUUGUGAUAACUGAAUGGAGAACAAAAUACAGGAGAGAAAUGAACACCAGGGACAAUGAAGCAAAGUCCAAGGCUGUCGAUUCUUUGCUCAACUUUGAGACGGUGAAGUAUUACAAUGCUGAGAGUUAUGAGGUUAACCGUUUCAAUGAUGCCAUACUGAAGUAUCAGGUGGCAGAAUGGAAAACAAGUGCCAGCCUGGCCCUUCUGAACCAAACACAGAACCUGAUCAUUGGCCUUGGGUUGCUGGCUGGGUCACUCCUCAGUGCUUACUUUGUCACGGAGAAAAAGCUUCAGGUUGGUGAUUUUGUCCUGUUUGGAACUUACAUUAUUCAGCUUUACACUCCGCUCAAUUGGUUUGGGACAUACUACAGGAUGAUCCAGAGUUCAUUUAUAGACAUGGAGAACAUGUUUGAUCUCUUCCGUGAGGAACAGGAGAUUACUGAUGACAUCAAUGCAGCAGAUCUUAUUUUCAAAGUUGGAAAGGUGGAGUUUGAUGAAGUUUAUUUUAGCUAUGUUGAUGGAAAGGACAUCUUGCAUGGCAUAUCAUUCACUGUUCAACCUGGACACACAAUGGCUCUAGUUGGCCCCUCCGGGUCCGGGAAAAGCACCAUCAUCCGAUUGCUCUUCCGAUUUUAUGAUGUCAAGGGAGGCUGCAUUAAAAUUGAUGGCCAAGACAUCUCCAAGGUGAAGCAGAGCUCUCUGCGCUCUCACAUUGGGGUAGUGCCUCAGGACACCGUUCUCUUCAAUGACAGCAUUAAAAACAACAUCCGAUAUGGCAGAGUGACUGCUAGUGAUGAGGAUGUGGAGGAAGCCUCUCUAGCAGCUGAUAUCCACGAGCGGAUAAUUACUUUCCCUGAAGGUUAUGAUACCCAAGUCGGGGAAAGAGGACUGAAACUGAGUGGAGGAGAGAAACAGAGAGUAGCGAUCGCCAGAACGAUCCUGAAGGCCCCUCAGAUUGUUCUCCUGGAUGAGGCUACAUCUGCUCUAGACACACAAACUGAAAGAAACAUUCAAGCCUCUCUGGCCAAAGUCUGCACCAACAGGACCACAAUUGUUGUGGCUCACAGGUUGUCAACAGUGAUUAAUGCAGAUCAAAUCCUGGUGCUUCAAAAUGGACGUAUCGUGGAAAGAGGAAGGCAUGAUGUGCUGCUUGCCAAAGGUGGGGCUUAUGCUGAGAUGUGGAUGAAACAACAGCAAGCUGAGACAAUGGACUCAGCAUCUGACACAGAAACCAAAGACAAGAGUACUGAGAAACUGCAGCCACCCAGCAACAAGGGGAACUGAAGUCAAACCUGCACUGGACUAGGACCCUGACCAUUGUUAUUCCUCAACGCAAGGCCCUCAACGUAUUGAGUGUGCUUGGUCAGCACAGUGUGCCACGUUGAAAACACUGUAUUUGAUAGAUGGAAUCAGUUUCAUAUUGUUAGAGUUUCUAAGCAUCUUUGAUCGGAAAAAAAGGUCCCAGUGAUUUCUUUUUAGGGUUUUUCUGUCGGGUGUAAAACUAAAUGAUUGCCAAGUUCCUAAACUUACUACUGCGUUGGAUUGGAUCUUAAUGUGCGUUAUGAUGAGGAAUUUCUGUGAUCUUAUAAUUUGGGCCAAAUUUGAGGUAUUUGUCAAAGCUUAUUAAUGACAGGAGGAAGUGAAGGAUGGGCCAUAUCCACAUAAUUAUACUUUAUCAAGUUUUAUCAAUGCUCCCUUAUAGUCUUCGUUGAUUUCUGUCUCCUUAGUAUCUGACUAUUGUGGUUCUAACUGUCGAGACCAACGUAAUCUCUGAUCAUUUUCAUGGCAUGUGCAGAUUUAGCUGAUCUCAGUCAGGGUAGAACCUCAUUUCCCCUCAGACAAAGGGGUCAAUAUCUGACAGCAUUUCCAUCUUUUGAUUCCCAUACUUUAACACUUUACAGCAAGUGCAUAGAUCCAGGUGCUCAGAGGAGGAACAGAUGGUGACUCCACUUUUGAACUGACAUUAAUUGAGCAGCCUUCUCGCUGAGGAACAGUCUGGGUUGCAGCAGAGCUUACGACACAGCAAGACACAAAACCUUUGGAGGAGAAGGAGAGAGCAUUUCAAAUAUGAAAAACUAACUCUUCGUAACCGAGACAGAAUCCAUCAAAAAUACAGCUGGGCCAAUAGCUGUAAAUGAACAGUACCACCUGUUCCAUUCCCCGCCUAAACAAUCCUUCUGUUUGAAGUUAAUGGAAAUGAACUUCAGGCAUGCGGUAUAAUGAGACACAGGACGCCACCUGCUUUGUACUAUAACCCAAGCCAAAUGUCUGCUGUGGCCAUAUCUGUCAUUGUAGCUGGAUCAUUCACUGAUCCCCUAGCACUAGUGUCUUUCUCAUAGGCCUUGCUUUGUAAGCUUAAUGCACAAGGCUCCAUUUUGUUGUAGCUAUUGGUUUAUCUCGGUAUAAAAAUCAUAUAAUCAUUAUCAUUGAGGUUUUCCUGGUAUUGAACAGUGAUGUGCUUUAGUUCUGACAGAGUACCUCUCAACAGAGAAGGAUUUACAUUCAGAGUGUAUCUUUUAAAACAAUUUGCAUGUGAUCAAAAAAGUUCCAAGGUGUUUCACGGGAUCAGAUUAAAUUUAGCACUGAGACACACAAAGGGAUAUUAGAACAGUGAUUAAAUGGUCAAAGAGGUAUAUUUUAUGGCAUGUCUUAAUACAAGGAAGAAAAUCUAAAACCUUAGGUCCAGGCAGUUGAAGAUUUUUUUUUAAUAGUAGUGUGAUUAAAGUCGUUGAAAGUGCAAGAAAACUGAAUUUGAAAAAUCACUGGUGUUUGAAGACCUGGGGGAAGCUAGUUAUAUCGCAGAAUGCUUCAGGUGUGUUGAAUUACUAAGGGUCAGAACUUUACUCUUAACGCAAACACAUCUCCUAUAGAGGUUCCACUCAGUCAUGAAGGUCUACAGCACAGGAUAAGGCCCUUUGGCCCAUCACAUCUGCGCAGACAGCAACAACUAUCUAACUAUGCUAAUCACAUUUUCCAGCACUUGGCUGAGAGCUCGGUGUACCUUGGUAAUGCAAGUGCACUUCUAAAUGCCACUUAAGCGUUAUGAAUGUUUCCACCUCUCCCACUCUUAUGUGCAGUAAGUUUCAGACUCUCACCACGAAGGAAAGCAAUGCCAUGAAACCAAUGCUCAGAUGAAGAUUGUAUUUGUGGUGCUGAAUUCAAGCUGAAUGAAAUAGUGGAGGGGAAAUUAGGUGUCAGCUGUACAGACAUCACAAAAGAUCAAAAUCAGUCUGUUGACUGUUUCAAGUCACAAAGCAUGUUUUCCGGGGGAUCACUUUCAGGGUGAACUGUUUGCUGUGUCUGGGAAUGUUAUCUGAGUUAUUUAUUUAAUUUUUUGAUAAAUUGUUUAUUACAUUACUUUGAGAAAGUGAGGACUACAGAUGCUGGAGAUCAGAGCUGAAAAUGUGUUGCUGGAAAA